AUUUUUAAUUUUGAUUUCAAUAACAAUGUAAAAUUUUUAUUAUUAAAUAAUAAGAUUUCGGAACGUUUUAUAAAAAAGACUAACAAUCAGUGAUGCAAGCUUUUAUUGUUUUAAAAUUUAUUAUUUUGUUCGUUGUUACAUUUGCUGAAUGCACAAUUUCGCCGGGCGAUCGUAUCAAGAAAAAUAGGAAGGAGCUAAAAGUUUUAACUGGCCCACAGUCUGAUAAUGUAUUUGAUCGUAACUUAAUUGAGGAGGAACCAUCAUCAAAAGAUAUAUUAGUACAUAACGCAGCUUAUUACAAAGACGUGUCCACACGUAAUUUUAAUAACACUGUGCUGGGAUAUGUAACACCGUGGAAUUCUCAUGGAUAUGAUAUAGCGAAGGUAUUCGGAAAAAAAUUUGAUAUCAUAUCACCGGUAUGGUUUCAAAUAAUAAAAAAAGGUGAUUUAUACGAACUUGCCGGUAAACAUGACAUUGAUUCAUCAUGGGUGCGUGAUGUACGACGUAAAAAAAAGAGCGGCAAUAGCUCCAUAAAGUGUAAGGUUUCUAUAAUAAAAAAUUCAGCUGAUAAAUUCACAUUUUAUUUUCAAACAGUUUUCCCACGGUUGUUGUUUGAUAAGUUUACAGAACGUGAUAUCUCUCUGCUCCUGAGCCUGGAAAAAGAACGUAGAAUUGUGAAUGAGCUAAUUGCAAAUACUUGCAAAGAGCAUGACUUUGAUGGAAUUGUGCUGGAAUUGUGGUCACAACUUGCCGGUCGUGUGGAUGAUCAGUUCAUUUAUAAAAUUGUGCUUGACAUGGCUAAGUAUUUAAAAACCAAAAAUUUAAACUUAAUUCUUGUAAUUCCACCAUUUCGAGAAAAACUACCAAACUUAUUUCAAGAAAAACACUUGGAUCAAUUGUAUCAAGAUGUUUAUGCAUUUUCUCUUAUGACAUAUGAUUACUCAAGCGUACAACGACCAGGUGCAAACUCACCGUUACCAUGGAUUCGAGCAGCAAUUGAAAAAAUUGCUCCAAACAGCUGUCGCGACGUAAACUAUAAAAGGCAUAAAAUACUUUUGGGUCUGAAUAUGUAUGGGAAUGACUUUACUCCAGAUGGUGGAGGGCCUAUAGUUGGCAAUCAAUAUUUGAAUUUGCUGAAAUAUCUUAAGAAGCGGCUAAGUUAUGAUGAAAACGCAGUUGAGAACUUUUUUGAAGUGAGAACACCAAGUGGCCGUCACUAUGUUUUUUAUCCUACAUUACAUUCCAUUAAUGAACGCAUUAAAUUAGCCCAAGAGCUAGGAGUUGGCAUAUCCAUUUGGGAAUUGGGCCAGGGCUUAGAUUAUUUUUAUGAUCUUUUAUAAAGAAUUUAUUAUUUAAUUCAAUCAGAACUUCUUAUUAUUUAAUAUGUUAGUAAAAAUUACAUAACGAAAAUUACACGAAUUGUGAUUAAAAAAUCUAUAAAACUUUUUAAGUUUAACA